AUGGAGGACGUGGGGCUACGGAGCGGGCGGGAGCGGCUGGCCAGCAGUGACCCGCGGCUCGGUGCCGUGCUGGUGGAACCGGGGCCAGUGGUGGUGAUGGUGGAGCAGCGGGCAGCGGAGAGCUACAAGCUGGUGGAGGUGCUGUUGACCGGCGGGGCUCCUUGGGGCUUCACCCUGAAGGGCGGACGAGAGCACGGGGAGCCUCUCAUCAUCACCAAGAUUGAAGAUGGGAGCAAAGCUGCAGCUGUGGACAAGCUACUGGCUGGGGAUGAAAUUGUUGGUAUCAAUGAUGUGGGCCUCUCUGGCUUCCGACAAGAAGCUAUCUGUCUGGUGAAAGGUUCACACAAGACACUGAAGCUUGUAGUAAAAAGGAAGAUGAAAGUGCUGGUGGACGUUGUAGCACAGAAAAUACCAUGUGAAAAUGAUGUUCAUAUAGCAAGAAACUAUCUUAUGAAGAUCUUGAGAAGUUCCAUGAGAAGAAAUGACCUAGCCUGCAGGCCUCACUCCUGGCACGCAACCAAAUUUACAGAAAGUCAACCUGAGAUGGCCACGUCACACCUUUCCUCGUCCAAUGCCUGCACUUCCUGGCACUCGCGCUAUCAUGCAAGUUGUUCUUCUCAUGACCUAUCAAACUCGUGGGAACAGUCAAGUCUACAUCGCACUUCUGACCAGUUCAGCUCUUUGGGGAGUAUGGACAGCUGGGACCACACUCCACAAGUAGCCCAGUAUGGAAGACUUUCUUCUGCAAGGUCUAAUAGUAGCAUUGAUCAUCUAGGAAACCAAAGUAAACGGGAUUCAGCCUAUGGGUCUUUCUCCACAAGUUCUAGCACCCCUGACCACACUCUAUCCAAUGCAGACACUUCUUCAACAGAGAACAUGCUAUGCAAAGUAGGCUACUGGGAGACUGCUAAGCAUGGAAACAAGUCUGGCCAGUUCUUGAAUGACAACAGUGGAAUGGAGGACAAGCUUGGGUAUUUGCCAGCUUCCAUCCAAUACGAGAACAGCAGAAAUCCUAGAAUAGAGGAACAUUCCGAUAGCAAGCUCACUAGCACUGGAAGAUCCAGUUUUGGACCUGUGUGGUAUGUUCCUGAAAAGAAAAAGUCUUCGUCUCCUCCCCCACCACCUCCACCUCUUCGUAGUGACAGCUUUGCUGCUACCAAGGGCCAUGAGAAAGCCCAUGGCCCUGUGUACUCAGAGGGUGCCAGCAUGCAGCACUUUACUGCCCUGAACCGGUCUCAGCCCAGGAGUGACUGGAACUUGGAAACUGUGGAGCAUCAGUGUCGGCCCUCCAGGGCAUGCGACGGGAGGGUCAGCACCUCAAAUUGUAAAUCUGAUCUCAGUUCAGAACAUACUUUUUCUUCAACUGGUGAAAGGUAUAAUAGUAAUACAGGAGCUGUUAACAAACUGCAGUCAUCCUUGUCCAGCACUGAUGUUCGGUUUGCACAUCCUACUUACAGUUACCACCACCAGCACCAGUACAGCGAUGAAAGCACUUUUUUUCACAAUGCCAGAAUCAUAGCUGCAUCUAAAGAUCAGCAACAUUAUGUGUCUUAUAGUGGCAAUCAGGAGUUACCUACAGAUCAUUUUCAUGGCUACAACAUUUCCUCUUCUUCAAACAGUGCUGCUGAACAGAAGGUGGACAACACUGGACAGAGUCGCUAUUACUGUGUGACAGCAAAACAGCCUGCUCAGGGAAGCUCAAAGCCACUACAUCUCAAGGAUGACAUCUGGAAACCUGCAGUGGGGUCUGAUGCAUCGUUUGGGCCUCACGAAAGUCCUGCAGUCGUCAUGAUGGUCCAAAAACCAAAAUACUAUCUACCUCAACAGUCUGUCGAAUCUUCACUGAAAGGGUGUGAGAACAAUACUCAUUAUUCAGUGGACAGAGAGUGUGAUGCUAGGUGUGCUGUAGUAGAAGAAGCUAAAAAAAACAAUCAUACUGAAAAGUCUGGACAAAAGAAAAAAUUUGAGAGCAGCUAUGAGGAAAGUGAAACUAAGUACGGUCAACAGGACUGUGUAAAGGCCUGUGCCCUUACCACUGAAAACAGAUCUGCUCAGAAAGAUUUUAGGUGGGGGAAAGAUGAGAGUAACAAGAUUUCUCUUCAAAAGACCCCAAUGUUGCACUCUUUAGCUCAGGAAGGGAAAAACCAAUCGGGCAACAGCCCAGAAGUGGUAACAGAGCGACAGGCCCCGUUUGACACUCACUUGUCUAAACAGGCACGAAGGAGUGAUCGUUUUGCAACAACCCUGAGAAAUGAGAUCCAAAUGAGAAGAGCAAAGCUGCAGAAGAGUAGGAGCACCGCUACAUUAGUAGCAUCAUCUGAAACAGAGGAGUGCAAUGAUACCUGGAAGCCAGAUUCUGCAGAAAAUGUCACCACCUCCCCAGACACUAACUUUACUAGCACCUACAAAGAUCACCUCAAGGAAGCCCAGGCCAGGGUUCUGAGAGCAACGUCCUUCAAACGGCGGGACUUGGAGCCCAGCCCUGCUGAUUAUCUCCCCAGGUCACCUGAGCAGAAAACUGGUAGUUACAACUCUUCAUUAUCGCCUUUGGUUUCUGAAGAUGUAUCUGAAUGCCUGGAGGCUACACAAGCUAAACCAAACCCUACAGGGAGUGGCACUCAUCAUGUUUCUCGCAUCGGAGCCAGGAAGAGGUUUACAACAGAUCAAAAACUGAAGUCUUACUCUGAACCAGAGAAGAUGAAUGAGGUGGGGAUGUCAGAGGAUGAGUACCAUGCUCGUUGCCAUCCAAAUACAUCUGAAGAAGCCCUGGGCUCAUUUGCAGACAGAUGGAAAUUUUUUGAAGAAACAAGUAAGCCUGCAUAUAGGAAAUUGGCACAGAAACCAACUCCCCACAGUCUAGUUGAGGGAGAGUCUGAGGGGCCAGAUAGGAAAGCUCACAGUGGACAAGAGGGAGAGGAGUCAUGGUAUGAGAGAAGAGGUUGGGCAGCCUCUGCUGGACUUGAAACUGCAUGUGCUUUAAAAGAUAAUGUCCACCAUACUAGCACCAAUAAGGCUGGGAAAUCUGAAAAGCCACAGCGCUUGGGAACCUUUGCAGAGUACCAAGCAUCAUGGAAGGAGCAGCGGAAGCCAAUGGAGACAAGAAGCUCAGGAAAGUACCAUUCAGCUGAUAAUAUCCUUGAUGCAGGCCACGAACAACUUGAGAAACCCCAGUACAUCCAUGAGAGAUCUAGAUCAUCCCCUUCUACUGAUUUCUACAAACAGGAAGUCUCAGUUGAAGUAAGGAGGCAAGCAAAGGAUUUAAAGGAAGAUGGGGAGCAUAUUUUAUCUAAAGUUAACAAUCCAGAUGAAAGGAACUGCACCAUAGGGAAAGCUGACACAGGGGCCCUAAAGGAAAACCCACGGGAGAAGAGGGAUCAGCUGGACCUGAAUUUAGACCACAAGUGGAAGGCAUCUGUCAGACCUUUGCAUACUCGAGAGCCUACAGUUCUGCCUCACGAGACUCGGGGGAGGUCUGGGACAUUGCCUAGUGAUUACCGAUACUCUCAGGAAAACGUGAACGAGAAGAGCAAGGAUUGCAGCCUGCCUCAUCUCCCUUGCUCAGAGCCACAGAACUUGAAUGAGAACCACUCCUGUCCGUCCCGUGGCAAAGGAGAGGAUAACCACAGGAUCGAGCCAGUACUGCUUAACAAGAAGCGUGGACCUGCUCCUCAGAGGCCACCACCACCUAAAAGAGAUAAAUAUAGGCGACCAGAUAAUUCUGCACCAUUGCUUGGCACCUCUUCUGAAUCUCUGCUAGUAGUGCCCAGCCAGCCCUUUCUAUCCUCAUCCCCCAGCUCUGCUGAAGUGUUUGUCAGUCACUCUCCUCUAUGUCAGAGUCCUGCAGCUUUCAAUGGAAAACUGAAGAGUGCUAAUCCACAGCAGCUUCAGCAAGCAUCAGCCACAGAGAAUGUUUGUCAGCACUUAGAAGAAAAAACACACCUUAGGUCUGAUUCUGUAAUAUCUUCCAAAUAUCGAUAUCUUCAGAAACCUGGCAUGGAGACAUCAAGGUCCCCUUCUCCUCAGUUUGCACCACAGAAGCUCACUGAUAAGCCUCCUGUGUCCGUACAGGAUGAGAACCCAGCCAGAAUUGAAAGGGUUAUUGACAACAAUACCACAGUGAAGAUGGUUCCCAUCAAGAUAGUUCAUUCUGAGAGCAGCGCAGAGAAGGAGAGUCGGCAAAGUCUUGCCAGUACCAUGGAGCCUCCUGCUUUACCCAGUGGUUUGGAAAAGGACCAAAUUAAAACACUCAGCACUUCCGAGCAAUCCUAUUCACGAUUCUGUGCUUACACCAGGCAAGGUGUAGAGCCAGAGCCAGAAGCCAGAACCAAACCAGCUGACCCUCAACCAGCUGAAGAACCUGGGAGCAACCUGAAGGACAGCAGUGCUGCUACACCAGCAGUCAGCUAUGUGAAGGCCAAAGAGAAGACCUUAGAAGACUGGAAGUCAGAGGAACUAGCAAGAGAGAUUGUGGGAAGAGAUAAAUCUCUAGCAGACAUACUAGAUCCUAAUGUGAAAAUAAAAACAACAAUGGAUCUGAUGGUUGGUAUAUUCCCUAAAGAUGAACACCUCUUAGAAGAAGCGCAGCAGCGCAGGAAGCUCCUGCCGAAAGUUCCUUCUCCAAAAAUUUCAGAGGAGAAGAAAGAGGAGCAGAACGUGCCAUCUGCCAUCUCCUUGACAACCAAUUCUACUUACUACAGCACAUCUGCACCAAAGGCAGAGCUGCUUAUUAAAAUGAAGGACAUGCAGGAGCAGCAGCAACAACAGCAGAGCGAGGAUGAUUCUGAAGAUGAGCUGGAUCAUGACUUGUCAGAAAAGAAGCAAGAACUGAUUGACAGCAUUAGUAGGAAGCUGCAGGUGCUGAGGGAAGCACGGGAGACACUUCUGGAAGACAUCCAAGCCAACAAUAUAUUGGGGGAGGAGGUAGAGGCCAUUGUGAAAGAAGUCUGCAAACCAAAUGAGUUUGACAAAUUCAAGAUGUUUAUUGGAGACCUCGACAAAGUGGUCAACCUCCUGCUGUCACUGUCAGGUCGUCUGGCCCGGGUGGAAAAUGCUCUUAAUAACCUGGAUGAAAACACCUCUCCAGAAGAACGGCGGACAUUGGUAGACAAGCAGAAGCUGCUGACCCAGCAACAUGAAGAUGCAAAGGAGCUGAAGGAAAACCUGGAUCGUCGAGAGCGCAUCGUCUUUGACAUUUUGGCAAACUACCUGAGUGAGGAGAACUUAGCAGAUUAUGAGCACUUUGUAAAAAUGAAGUCAGCCCUCAUCAUUGAGCAACGAGAGCUUGAGGACAAGAUCAAGCUGGGGGAAGAGCAACUGAAGUGUCUGACUGAUAGCCUCCAACCUGAGCGUCUCAAAUAA